AUGGCUGUGAAAAGAAAAAUUGAUACCACAGAAUCUCCUUUGAUAAGGUCAGAUAAAACACAAGCACCAUCUAAAUCCUCUUUGGUUCAUGAAAGUGCCGAAAUUUCCUUUCCAAGAGGUGGUUCUUCAGCAUUGACACCAUUAGAAUUGAAGCAAGUUGCAAACGAAGCUGCUACUGAUGUUUUAUUUAAUACUUCUAGAGGCCAAGAAGACAAGAAAAACUUACCAAAAAAGAAAAAGGCCAAAUUGGCUAAAAAUGCUUCCAAAGAAGGACAAGACGCUAAUGCUGAUGAUGAUGAUGACGAUGAUAAAAUUCGAAUCCAAGAACACGUUUCCUUUAAAAGUUUACCAGUCGGUUCCAAAUUACUGGGCCAAAUUAGUCAAAUUAAGAAACAUGCUCUAAUUCUAUCUUUAACUGAUAAUUUACGAGGAUAUGUUCCUAUAACCAAUGUUUCUACUCAAAUUAAUGAUUUGUUAGAUAACUUGAAGGGAAAUAUCGAAGAUUCAAAAAAUAAUGAAGAAGAGCAAGACGAUGAAAGUGAUUAUGAAUCAGAUGAAGAUAUUAAAGAAGAAAAAGAUGCGAUAAUAGAUUUGACUAAAAAAUUCUAUCUUGGCCAAUGGUUGAGAUGCCAAGUUACCAAAAACACGGCUUUAGAAUUACCUUCUAAAACAAAGAAAAUUGAACUAACCAUUGAACCUUCGGUUGUAAAUGAGGACUUUGAAACUGAGGAUUAUGGGAAUAAAAAUGGCGCUAUCCAAUGCAGUAUCAAAAGUAUAGAAGAUCACGGUGCUAUUUUAGAUAUCGGUAAUGGCAAAUUAAACGGUUUCAUUCCAAAUAAAGAAUUACCUCCCAAUGCUACUCCAGGUUUGGUUUUUUUGGGGUUUGUUUCCAAGAGCUCUGAUAGAACGGUCACAAUUAGUGGCAGAUCUAAUCCUACAAAUGUCAUAUCCACCAUAUCAUCUGUUGAUACAAUUGUUCCAGGUCAGCUUGUUGAUUUUUUGGUUGAAAGUGUUCGUCCAAACCAUGGUAUAUUUGGUAAAGUUUUUGGCUUAGUCAAUGGGUUUUUAAACCUAGCCCAUAUCAAUGUUAAAGAGAACUUUCAAGAAACUUUUUCUAUUGGGACCACUGUCAAAGUGAGAAUUAUUUCUAAUAUCUUGUAUAAGGGUCAUAGAGUUUUAUUGGUCUCUCAAUUAAACCACCUUAUCAAAUUAACAUCUUUUUCCACAGCUUUAGCAUCUCAACAAGCUUUAGAAUCAUUUCCAGUGGGCUACAUUUUCGAUGACAUUAAAAUUGUUUGCAAUGACGACCAAUACAUUUAUGCUAAAAUCAAUGAUCAAUAUUGGGGCCAAAUACAUCAUUCUAAAUACGAAAAAGAAGAUAGCAAGAAAAGGGCCAGAGUUUUGGGUUUUAAUGAGGUUGAUCAAUAUUACAUCUUGACUACCAAGAAAGCUGAUUUAGAAAUAGAAUACUUGAGUUCGAAGGAUAUACCAAUUGGUGAACUUUUGACUGGAUGUGAAAUUACUUCUGUUUCUGAUGAAUCUGGUAUUAACUUGAAAAUUUGUUCAGGUCGCUUCACCGCGCACGUUCCAACUAAACAUAUUUCUGAUAUCAGACUAACUUAUCCAGAACGUAAGUUCAAGAUUGGUAAUAAGGUUAAGGGCCGUGUCAUUAAUGUUAACAAGUCUAACGGCAGGGUCUAUAUAUCGUUAAAGAAAAGUAUUGUGACUGACCAGGACAAUAUAACUUUAAUUUCCGACUAUGAUGGCGCCUCUGAAUUAUUGAAAAAUGGGACGCUUACUCUGGCCACGGUUGAAAGCAUUAGGGAUAAUGGUUGUGUUGUUUCCUUUUUGGGUAACUUGCGGGGGUUUUUGCCAAAAAAGGAGGUGUCUGAAGCUUUUGUUAAGUUCCCAAAGGAUUUCUUAAGAUUGGGUCAAACAAUUACUGUCAAAGUUUUGGAUGUUGAUCAAAGUAAAAGAAGAGUUGUCGUUAGUUGUAGAUUUACAUCCGAGGACAAAUUAAAUAAACAAAAGGAAAUAGUCGAUUCCAUGGAAAUAGGUAGAACUAUUGUCGAUGUUAUAGUUGUUGAAAAGACUAAGGAUUCUUUGAUUGUUGAAUUGAAGGAUGAACCAUCUAUCAGAGGUGUUUUGUAUGUUGGACAUCUCUCUGAUUCCCGGAUUGAACAAAAUAGAGCUGAUAUUAAGAAAAUCAAGAUUGGUGCUGAACUAAAGGGUUUAGUUAUUGAUAAGGAUACAAGAACUAAAGUUUUCAACAUAACCUGUAAAAAAUCAAUGAUAAAAGACAGCAUAAACAAGACUUUGCCCCUAUCAUAUGAUGAUGUGAAAAGCUUUGGCACCAACCCAAUGCAUGGCUAUAUCAAAUCUCUAUCCAGUACCGGUAUUUUUGUUGCGUUUAAUGGUAAGUUUGUAGGUCUCGUUUUGCCAAGUUAUGCUGCUGAAAGUAGAGAUAUCGACUUGAGAAAAAAGUUUUAUGUCAACCAAUCUAUAACUUGUUAUUUAUUGAGAACUGAUGAAGAGAAAAAAAGAUUUUUGUUAACUUUGCGAGAACCCAAACCAGAAAAAUCCAAGGCCUCUGAUUCUGCUUCUUCUUUGUCAUCUUCCACUUUAAUCGGUCCAAUCGAUCCACAAAUUAAAACGUUGAAUGACUUAACUAUUGGAAAAUCCACCAAGUGUCAAGUUAAACAGGUCAAAAAGAACCAAUUAAAUGUUAUUUUGGCUGAAAACAUACAUGGUCGUAUAGACGUUAGUGAAAUUUUUGAUUCUUGGGACCAAAUCAAGAAUACAAAUUAUCCUUUGUCUAAAUACAAAAAAGAUGAUAUACUUGAUGUUAAAGUUAUCGGUUAUCAUGACGUUAAGACUCACAAGUAUUUACCUAUUUCUCAUGCCCUAUCGAAGAAUACCAUUUUUGAGCUAAGUACUAAAUCAAAAGAAAAGUUAAGCACCCUCAACGAUAUAAAGGUUGGUGAUGAAGUCAUUGGUUUUGUCAACAAUAUAGGCCAAAACUCUUUAUGGCUAACUAUUAAUCCCCAAUUAAAGGCUAAAAUUAGUUUAUUUGAUCUAACCGAUUCCACUAACAAGAUUGGUAACGAGGAAUCUGUAGAGGAGAAUUAUCCAUUAGGUUCUGCUAUUAAGUGUACUGUUAGCUCUAUUGAUAAGGAACACCAAAUUUUGAACGUUAGUGCCAGGAUAAAUAAAAUCGAAAAUGCUGCGGAUGUUGAAGUUGGUAAGGAAUACCCUGCCCGUGUCAUCAAAGUUACUUCCCACUAUGUUUUGGUUGACUUAGGCAAUAAUACCUCUGCCAUAUCUUUUAUCACUGAUGCCUUGGACGAUUACAAAUUGACGUUACCCGAAUUUUAUUCCAAAAAUCAAGUUGUAAGUGCUACUAUAAUUAGCAAAACAACUGAAGAUGCUGAGAGUAAAAUUAAUGUUUCUUUACGUAAAACUCAAAAUAUUACGAGUGCCAAAGACUUAACGGUAGGUCAAAUUGUGGAAGGUUUCAUUAAAACAAUCACUGACAAGGGUAUUUUUAUUUAUCUAGCUAGAAACUUGAAUGCUUUUGUUCCUGUUAGUAAAUUGACUGAUUCCUAUAUCAAGGAUUGGAAAAAGUUUUACAAACCCAUGCAACUUGUUACCGGUAAAGUUGUUACUUGUGACAAUGACAAAAAGAUUAUGUUGACCUUAAGAGAAAGUGAAGUCGAUGGUGAAUUGAAAAUUAUGAAAAGUAUUAAAGACAUUAAACCUGGUGACAUUUUCGAAGGUGUUGUUAAGAAUGUUACCGAUUUUGGUGUUUUCAUCAAACUAGACAACACAAUUAACCUCACUGGUUUAGCUCAUCGUAAUGAAGUUUCCGACUCUGCAUUAAACAAAGAUUUGAACCAGUUAUUUGGUCCUGGCGACAGAAUUAAAGCUUAUGUGUUAAAAACCAAUUUAGAAAAGAACCAAGUUUCUUUAUCUUUGAAGGCAUCCCGUUUCAAAGUGGAAGACAACAAGAAAGAUGCAGACACUAUUGACAAGGAAGAUGAUGAAGAUGGUGAUAUUAUAGAUAUUGAUUAUGAAAAUGAAAGUAAUGAUGAUGAUGAUGAUGGCGAAGGUGCAGAAGAACCACAACUUUCCAAAAAGGGCCCAAUUCCAACUAGUGAGGAUGGCUUGAGUUUAAGUGCUGGUUUUGACUGGACUGCCAAUAUUUUAGAUCAGGCUGAAAAUUAUGAUGACGAUGAUGAUGAUUUCAGCGAUAACGAAGAUUUUACCAGUGACAAAAAGUCCAAAAAGAAAUCUAAGCGGAAGAUUGCUGAAGAUAAAAGUAUUGAUAUCAACACCAAAGCUCCAGAAUCUGUGGCCGAUUUUGAGAGAUUGAUUCUUGGUAAUCCAAAUUCAUCCGUCAUAUGGAUGAAUUACAUGGCUUUCGAGUUACAAUUGGGAGAAAUUGACAAAGGUCGUGAGAUUGCAGAGCGUGCGUUGAAGACUAUCAAUUUUAGAGAAGAAAUGGAGAAGCUAAACAUUUGGAUUGCUAAGUUGAAUUUAGAAAAUACUUUUGGUACAGAUGAGACUUUAGAAGAUGUUUUUAAAAGUAGCUGUCAAUAUAUGGACUCUUAUGUUAUGCACAUGAAGUUGAUAGGCAUUUUUGAGGCUAGUGAUAAAGUUGAAAAGGCUUUAAGUUUAUUGAAAAAUGCUGCCAAGAAGUUUGGUUCUCAAAAGGUUCAAGUAUGGGUAAAUUGGGGUGAGUUGUUAAUUGACCAAGGUAAGACUUUAGAUGCACACAAGGUUUUAGCUAAUGCUUUGAAGUCUUUGCCCAAACGUGACCAUAUUGAGAUUGUACGCAAAUUUGCACAAUUAGAAUUUAAAAAGGGUGAUCCCGAACAAGGCCGUUCCUUAUUUGAAGGUUUGUUGGCGGAUGCUCCAAAGAGAAUUGAUCUGUGGAACGUAUAUAUCGAUCAGGAGGUUAAGGUUGGUAGCGACAAACAGAAAGUUGAAGAUUUAUUUGAACGUGUAUUUAAGAAUAAGAAGAUUACAAGAAAACAAGCCAAGUUUUUUUUCAAAAAGUGGUUGGAAUUUGAAGAUUCUAAGGGCGAUGAAAAAGCAGCAGAAUAUGUCAAGGCUAAGGCCAUUGAUUUUGUUGAAAAGAUGGGUGAUAAGUCGCAGAUAAAGGAGAACGAAGAGGAGGAUGUAGAAAUGGAGGAUUAA